AUGGGUUAUGGUAUAAGCGACCCCUCGACCACAUUGGCAGUCGAUGUUGCAGUACGGGAAGGUAUAUACAGACAUAAAGGCGAACAUUUACAAGCACAAGCAAAAUCACGAGCACAUUCACAAGCACAAUCACAAGAACGAUCACAGUCACAAUCACAAUUAGAGUCACAAUCAUAUUCAGGGAAGACGCGACCUGAGCACACUCCGAAUGAGAACAAGAGUAGGCAUAAGCACAACAGAAGUUUUCAAUCGUCGUCAAACUCGGAGUCAAACACUGACAGUCCCAGAUUAUCAGACGGAGAAUGCUCCUCCUCUACGCCGACUUCAAUAGAUGAAGGUGCAAUGCAGCAACAAAAGAAUUUGCUGGUCGCUAAGAACAAUGCAAGUGUUGACAUUGGUACCACCGGAGACGAUGAUAAAGUGAAUUCAGAUACCGGAGAAGAUCAAACACUGUCAGUGAGCAACAAAUUUCAAGACCUGGCGAUUUGUCCCCUGGAUGCAACAGUUACCGCAGCCGAGCAAGUUUGCACAGGAGAUGAGACACCCAAAGUAAAAGAGGAUGCACUUAAUGAAAACUAUCAGAUUGUUGCCAAGCGUAGGACUAAGGACCUCUCGAUUGGGGUUGCCAACGAAGAGGCAACGGCAGAGAAGAAGAAUAAAACUGCAAAUGAGGGUUUAUUGGAUAAUAACAGUCUUGUCCAAACGGAUUCUUACAUCCAAGACCUUAAUGAUGAUCACGUUUUGCUAAAUAAAAGGGUUUCUAGAAUAUCAACAAAAAGAACGAAAACUCAGGAAAGUAUACGGAAAAGCCUGCCAUUUCAUUCUUCCAAGCAUGCACAAAUUUUACCAAUAGAUCAAUCCGAUGAUGAUAGGCCCUCGCGCUCCAGAUCACAUACUUCAAUUGUAUCUUUGCCAGCAACUAAUACAAUUCAUGCUCAAAAAUACAAGGCGAGGAAGCAUAAGACCUCUUCCUUUUCAUCAUUACCUCCUGUGACGACACACCCUAUGACCAAAAAUUCUGAGCUAGCCACAGUGGAAAUCAAGCAGAUGAAGAAAUCUAUGCUACAUAAGAGAGACUACAGAAGAAAAAGAAAAUCGUUUCUUAUGGAUGAUGAUAGAGUUUUAAUCGGAAAUAAAGUUAGUGAGGGCCAUGUCAAUUUUAUAAUUGCUUAUAACAUGCUCACGGGUAUCCGUGUAGCUGUUUCCCGUUGUUCUGGAAUCAUGAAACCGUUAACACCAAAAGAUUUCAAGUUUACGAAGAAGCUGGCAUUCGACUAUCAUGGAAAUGAGCUUACCCCCUCAUCACAGUACGCAUUCAAAUUCAAAGAUUACAGUCCAGAAGUCUUCAGGGAAUUGCGCGCAAUGUUUGGGCUUGAUCCUGCAGAUUAUUUGGUAUCACUUACAUCAAAAUACAUCUUAAGUGAAUUGAAUUCACCAGGGAAAAGUGGAUCAUUUUUUUACUUUUCAAGAGAUUACAAAUAUAUCAUUAAAACCAUUCAUCAUUCCGAACAUUUGCAUCUAAGAAGACACCUUCUCGAGUAUUAUCAGCACAUCAAAAAGAAUCCUGAUACACUCCUUUGUCAGUUUUAUGGCUUGCAUAGGGUAAAGGUUCCAAUAUCAUUCAAAAAUAAGAUCAAGCACAGAAAAAUUUACUUUCUGGUAAUGAAUAAUCUCUUUCCACCCCAUUUGGAGAUUCAUACGUCUUUUGACUUAAAGGGGUCUACAUGGGGCCGUUUUACGAAGGUCGAUAGCUCAAAUCCGGAAGAACAGCCAGUAUUAAAAGACUUGAAUUGGCUGGACAGAGAUGAAACGAUAAAAUUUGGUCCACUAAAGAAGAAAAAAUUCUUGGAACAACUGAAGAUGGAUGUCGAAUUGUUGGCUAAAUUGAACAUUAUGGAUUACUCAUUGUUAUUAGGGAUCCAUGAUAUGAAAAAAGAUAACGCAGACGAUCUGAUAGCACUCGAUACAGAGAGCAAUCGCAAUGAUCACCCAAUUUCAGGAGACCAAAUGCUUCACGGAUCUGUCAUACCGCAUUUUUUUAAACAAUAUGAAGGUGGAAUUCGUAGCUCAGAUCCAUUUAAUAACGACACUGAAUUAAUUUACUACGUUGGUAUCAUUGAUUGCCUGACAAAUUAUUCUCUCUUAAAGAAGCUGGAAACUUUUUGGAGAGGCCUCCAUCAUGACCUCAAAGUUGUCAGUGCUAUACCACCAAAGGACUAUGGAGAUAGGUUUUAUGAGUUUAUUGCCGAUUCUGUAGAUGCAUUACCACCAGCAAGAUAUAAAGAUAAUCCCCAAAUUCAGAACUACAAAGAUUGA